AUGUCUUCGUUAAUCGUCGAAAUACCGCAAGGCAAACUGCAAGGAAAAGAAAGUAAAUCUAUAUUAAAUGGACAGAAAUAUUAUUCUUUUUUGGGAAUUCCGUACGCUAAACCUCCGAUAGGGGAUUUACGAUUUCAGGCUCCACAACCUAGUGAAAAGUGGGAGGGAGUAUACGAUGCUACUUUUGACCGAGAUGCAUGCACGCAAAAGGAUUUAGCCCCACCUCAGGCUUAUUCUGGAUCAGAAAACUGUCUAUUUCUUAGCGUGGAUAUUCUUCAGCUUCCCAAUGAAGUAAGAGUACCCAAGGCAGUCAUAGUAUUCAUUCACGGAGGAGGAUUUUCUAAUGGAUCUGCAUCGCAAGACAUCUAUUCGUCCGAUUAUUUAAUCCAGCAUGAUAUUAUCUUAGUUCGAUUCAAUUUCAGACAACAUGUUUUAGGAUUUUUAAACCUCGGUUUACCCGAAUGUCCUGGAAACGCAGGCCUCAAGGAUCAAACUCUCGCUAUGAAAUGGGUUAAAGAAAACAUUACACAUUUCGGAGGCAAUCCAGAUAAUGUCACACUUUUUGGCAUCAGCUCCGGAGCAUCGUCUGUUCAUUACCAUAUCUUAUCUCCUCCGAGCAAAGGUCUGUUUAAAAAAGCUAUCAUACAAAGUGGCUCAGCAUUAUCAGCUUGGGCCCUGACAUUGGAUCCUAAAGACAAGGCUAGAAAACUAGGCGAAACAUUUGGAUUUAAAGGUGGAUCUGAUCAGGAUCUAUUGAAUUUCCUGAAAAAACAAACUGCUGAAGAGCUGACUGGUCACGUUAUGGAAAUGAUUGAAAAUCUAAUGAAGGAGCAUCCGGAAAAAGGUAUAAACAUUCCUUUUGCACCAUCGGUCGAAGAAAUCAAGGAAGGUGCAUUUUUACCCGAAUUACCUCAUAAACUACUGAAAACUCCAGAUCCAUUGCCUAUUAUAUAUGGAGUAGAUGAAAAAGAAGGAGUAAUGGCGUUUUUCAUCCAUCAGAAUAAAAUAUGGGACUUGCUCAAAACGGAUUUCAGCAUCGUUUUAAAACAGUAUUUCGACAUCGAUUCGGCUCGUCUGCCUGAAGUCAGCGCCAAAGUCAAAGAGUUUUAUUUCGGUGAUAAAGAAAUUGGCCCCGAUACAGCAGAUCAUUUAAUAGAUUUAUUCUCAGAUAUAUUUUUCUACCAACUGUACGAACCAAUUGAAUUCGUCAUCGACUCCUCAACUCCUCCAUAUGUGUAUGAAUUUACAUACAGCGGCGGACUGAACUUUGUCAAACACAUGCUCUCUGCGAUUAUUAAACUAGACAAAGGUGCGUGUCAUGCAGACGAACAAGGAUACCUUUUCUACAGCCCAAAAAUGUUCCCAAAUCCGACGUUGGAAGGCGAUGACCUAGCAGUGAUACAAAACAUUACCGAGCUAUGGACCAAUUUUGCCAAGACUGGAAAACCAAGCGAUGAGUCCAUUUGGUCACCUUCCACUUCGAAUCAACCACGAUAUUUGAACAUAAAUCGUACUCUUGAACUACAGGAAGGUAACGUGUACGGAACACGACUAAAAUUUUUCAGAAAUUUACUAGAACCAGUAGCCAAACCCUACAAUGCACAGUGGGCUGUGAGCACCCUCAAAACGGGCGUAAUUCAAAAACUUACAAUGAACCCUAAAAAAAUGGUACAAUGAUAUCCUCCCUUAUGUUUUUGGGGUCGCAGAAUACGAA